AUGGCUUUUCGUGAUGUUAGAGAUCUCACGGAACAAUUAAAAAUCCUCGGAUUCACGGAAAAUAUCCCAAUUUCGCUUUUAAACACGAGUUACGGCAGUUUAGAGAGCUUCAAGGCGUACGCAAACAUCCUUCAAUGGCUCGUGAGUCGUUUGGAGCCCGGAGCAACUGUUCCUUCAAAUGUCAACACAGAACACGAUCGCAUAAUUUUCAUUCGAUCCGUUUCAGAAUUUUUAGUCAUCAAGGCGGGCAUCAAGGUGAAUCCGAGAAAACUUUACGCAAGUUCAGCUGCGACAGCGAAGGAAAUUUUGAAAAUUACCUCAGUUCUUGUAAUUUCGCCCGAAGAUGGCGCAAAAGACGACGAGGAGAUCCAAAGUUUGCAAGAAAUUGAUUUGUCGGAUAAAAUUGACGAUUUGCGAAGAGCACGAGAAUUGAGUUCGGAAUUGACUAAGAGAGGCGCUGUGUUGUACGAUUUGUUGUCAAAGGAGCAAAUUAAUAAGGAAAUUAGAAGUACGCAAGCAAGUCGACCUUUGGAGUUGUCGUCUGUGGAAAGAACACUCAAAAAUGCCAUUACGAGUGUCGAGAAUAAAGUUGCGAGUAGUCAAACGUAUUUGGAGACGAGUCGAACGGAGAAAAAUAAUUUGAAUGCCAAAUUACAGAGGAAGUCGGCGGAAUUGGAUCGGUCGAAGCAAAGGUUGCAAGCGCUGCAAAAAGUUCGUCCCGCUUUCCUCGAAGAAUUCGAAAAACUCGAGCAAGAACUAAAAUCCCUGUACGAACAAUACAUCAUCCGCAUCCGUUGCGUCGACGCUCUCAAAGCCCAACUCGCAGCACGUGAAUCUGCAGCAGCAGCUGGUCGAAAUUCGCCAAUCGCUAAAAUAACCGACGGCUCAAUGACAAUGCUUCCAGAGGGUCUCAUCGACUCUGAUGACGACGAAGACGAAGAUCAAAUGGAGAACAACGCUUUAAACCUCAAGGAAGACCUCGAAACGAGCAAACCCGCAAAUCGCGAAGAACUUUUACAUCGAGCUCGAUCUUCAACUCGCCUUCGAGGACGAACUGGAGUUGCUGUUCGAGGCGGCGAUGCCCGCGUAAUUGGCGGCAUGACAGAUAACGCGGAUCUGGAUAACUUGGAUAGCUCGCUCGGGUCCGACGACAGCGAAAGUGAGUUGGAUUUGAAUGGCGGCGACUUGGGAAAUCUCGGGAGUUUGCAUUCCGACGACGAGAGUUUGGCGAAAUUGUCGCGCGAGAAUAAUUUGAACAUGAAUCAUCGCGGUUCGAAACUCGAUUUGAGCGAUGAGGACUUUUAA